UUACUAUUUUUAGCCCAUCUCAAUCCUCAUCUCUCCCCUCCCCAUGGGAUAGACUCACCUCUCUUCCUUUUCUGUUUAUAUAUUCCUUUUCCAUUCAUAUGGUAACCAACCAUGGAACCCAUGUGGAUGAUAGACCCAAUCUGUUAAAGAAACUGUCUCUGUUAGCUCUCUUUUAUUCCCAAACUCUUUCUUUCCAAGGGGAAGGAAACUCAUCAACCCUGCCUUUGGGCAAGGUCUAGUUUCCCUCUCAAAGAUGUGUUCAGAUAGAUCAACCCAUUUCUUCUUGGCCCAGUGAUGCUGUAUCAAUGGAUAAGAAAGGAAACAUUCUGAUGCAGAGAUACGAGAUUGGAAGACUUCUUGGGCAGGGGACCUUCGCCAAGGUCUACCAUGCCAGGAACCUCAAAACUGGUCAAAGCGUCGCCAUUAAAGUGAUAGAUAAGGAGAAGGUCCUUCGAGUUGGGCUUAUUGAUCAAAUCAAAAGAGAGAUCUCUGUGAUGAGGCUUGUCCGUCACCCCAACGUGGUUGAGCUCUUUGAGGUCAUGGCAAGCAAGACCAAGAUCUAUUUUGCAAUGGAAUACGUUAGAGGUGGUGAACUCUUCAAUAAAGUUGCAAAAGGGAAGCUUAAAGAAGACUCAGCACGUAGAUAUUUCCAACAAUUGAUCGGAGCCGUCGAUUUCUGCCAUAGCCGGGGUGUUUACCACCGUGAUCUCAAGCCGGAAAAUCUCCUCUUAGAUGAGAAUGGCAACCUCAAGGUCUCCGAUUUCGGCCUGAGUGCACUCGGCGAGUCCCGCCGCCACGAUGGACUCCUCCACACUACAUGUGGAACUCCGGCAUAUGUUGCUCCUGAGGUGAUCAAUAAGAGAGGUUAUGAUGGUGAUAAGGCUGAUAUAUGGUCAUGUGGGGUUGUGUUAUUUGUUCUAUUGGCAGGUUAUCUACCAUUCCAAGAUGCAAAUCUCAUGGAGAUGUAUAGGAAGAUAAGUAGAGGAGAAUUCAAGUGUCCUAAUUGGUUUGCACCAGAGGUUAGAAAGCUUCUCUUAAGAAUACUAGAUCCUAAUCCUAGUACAAGGUUAUCUAUUGCCAAGAUCAUGGAGAACCCAUGGUUCAAAAAGGGAUAUAAACCGGCGGUUCGACCACAACCACAACAACAAGAAGAAAUGGUAGCUAUUGAUGUCCAGAAUGCCUUUGCUGAAGACCCAUCUGGUGGUGCUUCUAGUUCUACUUCUACUUCUGAGAAGAAAGAAGAAGCCAUGAAACCAACUUAUAUGAAUGCGUUUGAUAUCAUAUCUCAAUCAAUGGGGUUCGAUCUAUCUGGGUUAUUUGAGAAAGAUAGAAAUCAGAAACCGGAGUCUCGAUUCACAUCAACGAAGCCGGCGUCAGCGAUUGUGUCGAAAUUGGAGGAGAUUGCACAACAUGAGAGCUUUAAGGUGAAGAAGAAGGAUGGGUUGGUGAAGUUGCAGGGUAACAAGGAAGGGAGAAAGGGGCAGUUAGCUAUAGAAGCUGAGAUCUUUGAGGUUACACCUUCGUUUCAUAUGGUGGAAGUGAAGAAAUCGGCUGGGGAUACAUUGGAGUACCAGAAUUUCUGUAACCAGGGAUUGAAGCCUUCUCUUAAAGACAUCGUAUGGGCUUGGCAAGGUGGAGAGCAACCAGUGUACCCGCAGCCGCAGCAACCACAACCAGCCUAAUAAGAGAGAGAGCGAGAGAGGAUGGGCUAGCCGUUGUUCUUGUGCUCCCUUGUGACUGGUCUUUGUCUGUGAUUGGUAUCUAUUGUUAAACACUUUCUUAUUAUUUGUUUGUUUUUGUUUUUUACAUAAUUUACUUUUACGUUUAAGUUAAUGGAUUGGAUUUUUUUA